GUAGGUUACUUUUUAAAUCCCAUAUUCCAAUAUGGGGAGUACCUUUCUAAUCAUCGAGAAGUGAUGAGUGGAGUUAGAAAUGUGAUUUCGAGACUUCUACCAGAUUUAAACGAGCAAAUACAGGCGAUAAAUCAAAUCUCUUUAUUUUGUAAUAAAGAAGAUUCUUUUGGUGCUGUGUUGGCACAAAGAGCAGUGAAAGCAACAAAUCCUGCUGAAUGGUGGAUCCAUUAUGGCACAUCGGGUCCGGCACUCCAAAAAGUGACUGUGAGAGAAUUGAGCCAAACCACGUCUUUUUCUAAUUGUGAGCGCAAUUGGAGUACAUUUAGCCUGAUACAUACAAAGACAAGGAAUCGGUUGAAGUAUAAAAAAUUAAAUAAACUUAUUUAUGUGUAUUACAAUAUGAGGUUAAAGAUCAGACAUGCAACACGAAAAAGCCAAGAUGACAGAGAGGAAUCUUUUAACCCCAUCAAUCUUGACUAUAUAUUUGAAGAAGAUGAUCUAUUAACUCCAUGGCUUCAAGAGAGAGAACAUGCAGUCUUGGAUGAUGAAAAUAACUCAGGUUGGUUGAUUGUUGAUGAUGAUGAUGAUGAUGAGGGAAAUCAUGCAACUAGUAGCCAAGUACCUCAACACCAUUAAAGAGCAGGGUCUGCUGGAAGUGGCUCUAGUGAGGG